GAAAAACCACUGGAAGGCCUGGACUUGUCCGAAACCCACCAGCCGCUUGAAAUCCACAUAGAAACGCUAGAAAAAACACAUGGAAGCCGGUUUCUCGUACCCUCCUCUCGGCUCCUAAAACCCCACCUCAGAAUUUCCGAAUUCCUCUAUUUUCCUACCACUUCCCAUCUUUCUCGAGAAAAUUCCUCAAAUGGGUCUCCCUAAAUUCCCUCUAAAUCAAAUAGGUUCUCGUUAAAAUCAGCUCACGGGCAAUCCUUGAGUCUCUCUCUACCCGGACUGGAUUGCUGGUUUGUUCUAUUGCUUAUAACUAUGGCGUUUAAAAUCGGUUCGUCAUUUUCUUGCGUUGCAACCUCUCUUUCUUCUCCUUCUCAAUACAGAAGAAGAAGUUCACAGAUCAGCUUAUCAGGAGGAUUGUUUGAUAGGCAGCAACUUGGUGCAUAUCAGCUGAGAAAUGAUAAAGUGAGGAUGUACCAAUUCAUACAUGGAAUAAAGAAGGUAAAAGACAGAUUUCCUAAGAGGCGAUAUAUCCUCUUUUCUGCAUCUGAAGAUCAGUUGCCAUGCACUGAGCUCAAACCAGAUGCCACGGAGCAAGAAAAGGACCAACCUCUAGCUGAAGAUGUGUUUCCUGUAAACAGUUUAUCUUUCCAUUCGGAGGGAACUGGGGGAAGACCAGGUUUAAUCUCAUUUUAUAAUCGUUCUUAUCAGAGAGAAGAGGAAAUCCAUAUAUCCAGCCCCAGAGGGAAUCAGAAUGAUCUGCUAUGGUUUGUUGGUCCUGCUGUCCUUGUAGCUUCUUUCGUUUUUCCCUCACUUUAUUUGCGAAGGAUUCUGUCUGCUAUAUUUGAAGAUUCUCUAUUGACAGAUUUCCUUAUAUUGUUUUUUACGGAGGCUCUUUUUUACUGUGGGGUUGCGGUGUUUCUUCUGCUAGUAGACCAUUUACGAAGGUCCAUUGUGCUGGUUUCUGCAUAUAACAGUAACCUAAACCCUCGGUUGGGCCACCGAAUCUCUUCUGUUGCUGUCUUAGUACUUAGUCUGAUAAUUCCAAUGGUGACAAUGGGCUUUGUCUGGCCUUGGACUGGCCCUGCUGCUUCCGCUACUCUUGCCCCAUACCUUGUUGGUAUAGUUGUGCAGUUUGCAUUUGAGCAGUAUGCGAGAUAUGUAAAGUCACCUUCAUGGCCUGUCAUUCCCAUUAUCUUUCAUGUUUAUAGAUUGCACCAAUUGAAUAGAGCAGCACAACUGGUGACGGCUCUCUCAUUCACAGUGAGAGGAGCUGAAAUGACAUCGCACAACCUGGCUAUAAACAGUUCAUUGGGCACACUUCUGAAUGUCCUUCAAUUCCUUGGGGUGAUUUGCAUCUGGUCCCUAUCGAGCUUCCUUAUGAGGUUUUUCCCUUCUGUCCCCAUCGCCGAGCAGUGAGGCACAGUAGCAUUCUUAUUUCACCUUUUAUUAAAGAACAUUGCUGGUGAUCUUGUUUAGAUGGUGUGGAGUGGUGGGUCCUCCUUUUUGCGGUUUGGUUCUGCUCCCUUGGAUGCGUUUGUGGUUGGUCCAGUUUUGUCUGGUGGCAUCUGAAACUACAUGUGACAAAGCAUUUGACAGGUUAUUAAGUAGAUUCUAAGAUCAGGAGCAGGAUAUUCUCAAUGAUGAUUCAUACGGCAGAAAAUGCAAUUAUAAUUCGAGUUGCUGCUUUGCUAGUUCUGUGCUCUCCUUUUUGCGAGGGCCUAGCUUCCAACUUUUAUGUUUUGGAAUGCUAACAUCAUUGAUGUGAUCAAAAUGCGAUUUCCUUGUAUAUUUGAUCAUAUGCUGUUUCAGAUUGUUUUUUACAGGAAAAUGUGCUUCUAAAGUUGUUUAGUGUGAACACUAGUCGGAGGAACUGUUGAUUUUUAGUGUCCCUGCUACUAUAUAGGAUUUCUCUGUGUAUUCCUUGGGUUAGCCAUGGAGGGACUUCAAAUUUAUUGUUCACCAUACUCUUACAAGAAGGUUAAUUAAUCAAUUUUACAAGUGGUGAGGUGGAUUAUGUCUAAUGAACAAAUUUGAAUGGUAUGCUUCACCUGGAAUUUAUAUGGAA